AGUUCACAAUUCAUAAACAGAGAUCAGUGCUUAUGGCUACAUUUGUAUACAUGAUCCUCUUUUUCUUACUUUUGAUCCUUUGUUGUCUCUUUAUAAAGAAACACAAGAAACCCAAAGGUACCCCAACUCUUCCCCCAGGUUCCAUGGGUUGGCCUUAUAUUGGAGAGACUCCUCAACUUUACUCUGAGGACCCAAAUGUAUUUUUUGCUCUAAAGCAGAAAAGAUAUGGAGCAAUUUUUAAAACCCAUGUGCUGGGUUGUCCCUCUGUGAUGCUGGCUAGCCCUGAGGCUGCAAGGUUUGUACUCGUCACUCAUGCUCACUUGUUCAAGCCUACCUACCCCAAAAGCAAAGAGAUGCUCAUAGGCCCUUCUGCAUUGUUCUUCUACCAAGAAGACUACCAUGCAAGGAUUAGGAGGCUGGUGCAAACUUCUUUAUCCCCUGAAAGAGUCCGAAAACUUACUCCUUAUAUAGAAGCUGAGGCCGUCUCGACUUUGAAGUCCUGGAUUUCUGCUGGUCAAGUCAUUAAUGUUUUUCAGAGCAUGAAGAAGUUCUCGUUUAAUAUUGGCAUCCUAUCGGUGUUUGGUUACUUGGAAGGCAAUUAUAAAGAGCAGCUUAAGGAGAAUUAUUGCAUAGUAGAGAGAGGCUAUAAUUCUUUCCCAAACAGGAUUCCAGGAACCACAUAUUCCCGGGCAUUCUCGGCUAGGAGAAGAAUCCAAGAGAUUAUCAGAGAGAUAAUUUACAAGAGAAAAGAGAAGAGAUUGAUGGAGGAUGACCUUUUGGGUCACCUGCUGAGCUACAAGGAUGAAAAGGGACAAACACUAACUGAUGACCAAAUUGCUGAUAAUCUGGUUGGGGUUCUAUUUGCAGCUCAAGACACUACAGCUAGUGUUCUGACAUGGAUUCUCAAGUAUCUCCAUGAUCACCCGAAACUUCUUGAAGCAAUAAAAGAAGAACAAAUGGCCAUUCAUGAAGCCAAUGAUGGAGGGAAGAAACCCUUGACAUGGGGUCAGACCAGAACGAUGCCGCUUACUUAUAGGGUGAUACUGGAAAGCUUGAGGAUGGCAAGCAUCAUAUCUUUUACCUAUAGGGAAGCUACGGUUGAUGUAGUAUACAAUGGAUAUCUCAUACCAAAGGGUUGGAAAGUCAUGCCACUGUUCAGGAACAUCCAUCAUAAUCCAGAAUACUUCCUAGAUCCUCACAAUUUUGACCCAUCAAGAUUUCAGGUUGCACCAAAGCCCAAUACUUUUAUGCCGUUUGGGAAGGGAGUGCACUCUUGUCCUGGCAAUGAGCUUGCCAAGCUGAACAUGCUGAUUUUAAUUCAUCACUUGGUGACCAAACUAAGGUGGGAGGUGGUAGGAUGUCAGGGUGGAGUUCAUUAUAACCCAUUUCCAGUUCCUCUGCACGGUCUUCCUGCAAGAUUUUGGAUGAGCCCCUAGUCUCAACAUAACGACGUAUCUUGUAUCAUGGAAAAAUGACAUCAAGGAUUUAUAACUUAUAUAAUAUUGAGGAUCAAAAACCUUAAAAUUAAGAUUCAUCCUAAGCAUCAUAAGAAUAAGUUACUACUAGCACAUUCCAAGGGCAUUACUCGUCCUAAAGUAAUAUGAUCUUCUUUAAAUGAAUUCGGAGAUCAUAAAUUAUAAAUUUAACUAAGGAAUAUUAGUGAUAACUUGUUUGUAGUCUUCGAGACAAAUUUUGAUUUUUAGAGCCUUUAAUUGUAAACUUUGUAAGUUAUGAAUUCUCAAGUGUCAUUUUUCCUUGUAUCUUCUUCUCAAAUUAACUACAUGCAACUGAUUUUCUUUACCAAGGUUCCAUUCUAAUGGUUUUCUUUUUCUGAGUA